AUGAAGUUACUGGCUCUUCUCGCUGUUGCUUUGAGCUUGCUUCGUUCAUCUUGCUCACUGAAGCUUGAAUAUGACAAAGUAGUCCCGUUCGCAGAGGUGCUCCCUACAACACCUGAGAGUACAGAUCUAUGGACGAAGUGUCGAGUACAACGGUUUCGUGGGUUUCAUGUACGCAUGGUACUUACCAAAAGACAUUGUGAUACCACCAUUGCGGAUUGGCCACCGCCGUGGUUGGAAGUUUGUUAUUAUAUGGGUGGGAAUCUUUCCGAGGAUGCUAAACUGUUAUCAGUCACGAUACCUUCCCUUCUUGGCUACUUAACCUACAGUCUUCCGAGCAAUUCCUACAUGGAUGAAAACAGUGUCAAGCUUACGUGCACAUGGCACUAUCAACAUCAGCUUUGCCUGAAAGUUACGCACAAGGCCGGAGAGUUCCAACCUUUAAUUAUGUGGAAUAACAUGACUGAUGCAGCGCGUAAGGCACUAGAAGAUACGAAAUUCUUUGGGUCCAAGUCACCCGUGAGUAGCAAAGCGUUUCAAAAAGCAAUGGAAAAGGCCUAUCCUUUCUAG